GCCCCGUGGCGUGGCCUCACUCUUCCGGCUACGAGCGCUCCGUGGUGCGGGCGACGAGAUGUGGCGCCUCCCGGGACUCCUGGGCCGAGCUCUUCCCCGUCUGCUGGGACCCGGCGUCCGGGGAGUGACCCCCAAGUACAUCAGCCCAGAUGGGCCUCAGGCUUCCACCUCUACCCUGCUGGUCCCUGUGCCCAACCCUGAGAGGCCAGGUCCCCAUGGCCCAGGCAGGAGCAGGGGUCCAAAUUCCCAUGGAUGGAAGAAUGCCUUCCAAUGGAUGCCUACCUGUGUCUCCCGGAACACCCUGUGGGAUGCCAUAUCAUGGGGCACUUUGGCUGUGCUGGCCCUGCAGUUGGCACGGCAGAUCCACUUCCAGGCGUCGCUGCCAGCAGGACCUCGGCAAGUGGAACGCUGCUCCUGGCACAGGCCCCUGGGCCGUUUCCUCUCAUCUCCCCUGUGUCACCCAUGCUCCUCACUGCGGCAACAUAUUCUCCCUAGCCCUGAUAGCCUGGCUUCCAGGCACACUGGCCUCAGGGAACCUAGGCUGGGCCAGGAAGAACCCUCAACUCGGCCUAGGAGCAUCUCCUCACACAACUCUGUGAGAGCAGCCAGUCCUCAGGACUCCUCUGAGGAAGGUCCCAGUGAUUUUGGCUUCCUGCAUGCCGGCAGUAGCUUCAAGUUCAAGGCAAAACCAGCCCGCCCUCAGCCCGCUGGUGAAAAGAAGGAACAAGAGAAAUCCAAAGCUCUUUCCUUCGAGGAGGCUGUGACUUCCCUUCAGCAGCUCUUCCAGCUCAGUGUCUCCAUUGCUUUCAACUUCCUGGGGACCGAGAACAUGAAGAGUGGAGACUUCGUGGCUGCCUUUUCUUACUUCCAGAAAGCUGCAGACCGUGGCUACAGCAAAGCACAGUAUAACACGGGCCUGUGUCAUGAGCAUGGCAGAGGCACCCCCAGGGACAUUGGCAAGGCGGUCCUUUAUUACCAACUGGCUGCCAGCCAGGGCCACAGCCUGGCUCAGUACCGCUGUGCCAGGUGCCUACUGCAAGACCCAGCCUCCUUGAAGGACCCUGAGCGUCAGAAGGCAGUGUCAAUGUUGAAGCAGGCUGCAGACUCCGGCUUGAGAGAGGCCCAAGCCUUCCUCGGGGUGCUUUUCACCAAGGAGCCAUACCUGGACGGGCAGAGAGCUGUGAAAUACCUUUGGCUUGCAGCCAACAAUGGGGACUUACAGAGCAGGUACCACUUGGGAAUUUGCUAUGAGAAGGGUCUUGGUGUGCAGAGGAAUCUGGGAGAGGCCUUGAGAUGUUACCAGCAGUCGGCAGCUCUGGGAAACGAGCCUGCCCAGGAGAGGCUGAGGACCCUCUUUUCCGUGAAGGCAGCAGCCCGGGGGCCCAGCGACUUGGCAGUCACAGGCCUGAAGUCUUUCUCCAGCCCCUCCCUCUGCAGCCUGAACACCCUGCUGGCAGGAACCUCACACCUCCCACAUGCCUCGAGCGCAGGGAACCUUGGCCUCCUCUGCAGAAGUGGGCACCUUGGGGCCAGCCCCAGAGCCCCCAGCGGGGCUGUCUCCCCACACCCCCACCCCUUGGAAAGGAGUCUCGUGAGACUGGGUUUUGGCUAAGAGGGGAGGAGUUUCUUGCCUCAGUGCCUGGAUGUGUCUGGUUGACUAUUCAGACCUUCUCACUUCAGCCCUAAAGAUGGAACCCAUGGGUUCUGAGAAGGCUAUCUCAACUCGAACCUCAAAGAAGAGGCCGGUUAUCUACUCACCUGUCCCAAGACCUUAUACACCUGCCCUAGCACAGUAAAGAAGAAGAAAAUGUAUGAAGACCCGGGUUCUGACUUGGCCACUUGCCAGGCCAUUUCACUUUGUAGCAGCAACCUGACUCGCUAUAUUGUGUCCUCAGUAACGAUUGAUCAAAGGCAAUGGUAUCCACUUUCCCACCUUACAGGACGGACACAAGGGAAUUUCAUUGUGGAAAGGACUUUGAUGCUCACUUGGCCUUAGAGGCAGAGAUACCCAUGGUUGUGUGGCUUUAUGAGUCACAGGACAGGAUGGGGACCCAGGCCUCCUGCCUCCUGGCCAGGGCUCUUUUCCAGCAAUUCACACAGUGGUUCCAUGUGAAGGCAUUGUCAUCUCACCCAUGUGAGAGAGUGCACGGAGGAUUGAGGACUGGGAGUCUUAGAGCAGGCGUGUAGAUCUCAAGGUCCUCAUCUGAGAAAGGUGUGCCAGAAAUGUCUGAGUGUCUAAUAAAACAAAUGCUGGCUUAUCUCA